CUGCUCAUGAAUAGAUCCUUGAUCAGCAAGCAAAAGCCCUCUCUGGGGCAACUGCCUCGCAUGAAUAUAAAUACCCGCUGCAGAGCCCACUUCAUCCCGUCCAAUCCAUCAACCCACACAUACAAUCACCAACCGCAACCAUCGUGAUCGUUCUGCUAUUCCAAUCUCUACCGCUUCUUACGCAACAGCAACAGCAACAGCAACAUGGCGAAACCUUACGAUACGGGGGCCGGGGUCUAUUUCUGGGUCCCCUAUGAUGGUUGGAUGCAAGAGCAAUGCCCCAUCAAGCCCAAUGUCGAGCACAAGACGGUGCGCAGCACGGCGGCGGCGGCCUCGACCUCCAUCCUUGGAGGGAAGUGGGGCAAGAAGAAACAAGAGGAGGAGGAGAAGGGAAAUCCGCCUUUCGAAUAUCACGGCCAGGAAGUGACCUUGGCCUUCGUUUCCGAAAUCGUCCACUUGCUGGAGGAGAAUGAGAUCUCCCUUCACGCAAUCAACGAUGUCCUGUGGCGGUUCUACGGCUGUCAGAAUCGCAUCAACUCCAUUGACCUGGUCAUCCCCGCGGCUGACCUUGAGGAUGCUGUCAAGGUCCUGCGCGCUGCCAAAUUUGACGAUGACCAUCCCCGAUGCAUCGGUCAUUUGGAGGUGACGGUGAAGGAGACGAACGAGCACUACCCCAGCGGCAAAUGGAAGUCUGGAGAAAGGCAUUUCAUCGGCGCCCCCUGCCCUUACCUGUGGAAUCUGCAGGCGCGGCACCUCGAGGCCUGGUGGGUGCCGGACCAUGUCUUCCACCUGCAGCCGGCCCCCGGCCAAGAGCGCCACGUCGAUCUCAACCUGUUCCGCCACGAGGAGUACUUCUUCCAUCUCCCUUCCCCGGGGUCGAACGAGCUGUGGGCCCACGACCACUCGAAGAAGGAACAAUCGCCCAUCUACCUCGACUCGACCGAUGUCGCCCUCGAACGAGAGGUGGAAGAACCCUAUGCGGUCAAGAUCCUGUUUCCCGCGCGCAUGGUGGAGACCCUGAUCCGCCUCAGCUACCAGGAUUGGUACUUGCACAGCCCCAUGUCGAGACUUUUGUCGGAUUGGCAUGGGUGGACCGAGUGGGAUCGCACUCUCGUCGAUAUCUUCUGCUCCAUCAAAGGCCGCGCCGGGGAGGAGGAAGCACGCCGACGGGUAAGAACUCAGGGGCACCAACUCAAGGUCAACAAGACCUUGGUCGAGGUCGAUGAUGAUCACCUCGAGGAGGCGCUGCUCACCCUGAAGGGGCUGAAGCCCCACUGGUUCCGACUGAAGGACUUUCAGCCCCUUUUCCAAGAAUACCUGCAAGCCCUGUCCCUCACGAGACGCAGCGGCCGGCCAUGUAAGCCCUCGCCUACCCAGCAGGAGCAGGGGCAAGCUCAAGAGCAAUCCAGCCCGUAUCCCCGCGAAUGGCUCGAGCAUUGUCCCAUUCAGGACCACUUCCAGCACUGGGCUGCCUUCUCGGUGAUGAAUGAGUUUGCCUGGCGCUUCAAAGAAGCCGGAUUCUUCCCCAGCGGCUCUCCUUUCUACGUCGAGAAGACGACCCGGGCCAUCAAGGCGCUCAAUCACCCGCGGCCCCCCUUCGAUGGGCUCAAAGACCCCACGCAGUGCCCCGGAUUCUGGCAGUCGAUUGCACACUCCAGGGUCGGAUGGCGGAGACGAGACGAGCAGCAUGCGCGGACCGAUCCCUGGUCCCGACACUACCGUCCUUGGCCUUAG